CUCCUUCUCUUUCACACUACCACCACCACAACAACAACAAUCAAGAUGUCCGCUCCCAACUCCGGCCGCCAGUCCCCCCCUCCCGAGUCCCAGACCGGCGCUCAGCAGCAAUCCCCUCCGUCCAAGGGCCAGACCGGCGAAACCUACUCCACCCGCUCCGGUGGAGCCGCCCAGGAGCAAUCCGAGAAUACCAAAUCGGGCUUGCAGAGCAACCCCAAGCACCCCUUGGAAGACAUUGAGGCUGCCAAGUACAGUAAGAGCAGCUGAGCUGAAACGACGGUUUCUGAAAUGAUUUGUUGUUUUUUCUUCUUCUGUGAUGGGAUCAUCGCCUCCUGUCUUAUUUUAAUUAUUUAAAGCGAGAAAUGAAGUGAAAAAUUCUCCUAAAGUUCAUAGUUUAUCUGGAUUUGUAUUUGAAUCUUAUGGUGGUUGGUCUGUGGGCUGGUUUUCGGCUGCAUUUCCUAUCUCACGUGAUUUGUUUAAUGCAGACAUGUCCAAUGCAGUGAACUUUGACCGUUGCUAGACCCUAGAAUACAGCCUGACUGUUGGACAAAAUCGUGCUUCAAUGAUCUGUCUGCGCAAU